AUGUCUGCCACUACUAACACACAAGAAGAUAUUUACAUAGAAUAUUUGAAUUAUGAUUGGGAUUCAUUCCAAGAAUUUCAAGAUGGUUUACAGGAAAUCUUGGAUAAUUAUUUGCAGAACUUAAAGGAACAAGAUCCAUCCAUUACUUCUAUACCUAAUUUAGACAAACAACAAUUGAUAAAUCAAGCCAAAUCAUUUUUCUUUUGUAACAAAACCGGGAAUAUUAUAAAUUUGGAUGAUUAUGAAGAUUGGAAAUUACAUAGUGGAGAUAAAUUUGCAAAAAAUAAACAAAUUGAAGAAGAGUUGGGCAAAGAUAUAUCUGAGAAUACUACGACAAAUGAUCAGACCAAUUCUGACCCACCAUACUCUUCAAACUAUCAAGAGGUGGUAGAGUUAUUAAUGCUGGGCAAACCUAUACCUGGGAUCAAGCAGAUACCUGAUACAGUGUUGACAGAUCAAGGAUCAACUGCUUCUGCUUCACAAAGAACUAAACCGUGGGAAAAAAAUAGGCUGCCAGAAACUACCGAGGAUGUUUCUUUUGUAUAG